GUUACGUACGCAGCCGUGGCGUGACCGCGAGCCAAAUAACAUGGAGUCCUCAGCUGUCUGGCAUCUCCAUGGGAUCCGAGCGAAAACGGCGAGCAGCGACUGAAAAGCCCAAGUUCGUCCACGGGAGCACGGGCAGCGUUCACGCGGGCAUCGCGUCGAGGCGUGGAGCCUCCGCCGCGUCCUGGAAACAUGACGAACUGAGCUUUAAAGAGACUCCCUGGUUUUUUCUUCCGCUGCAUGCGAUCCGCAAACAGGGCCGACUUCAACGAAGAGGAAGCUGCACAAUGUAGCCAGGCUGGUCACCAGUGGGACUCCAUACACUGUUCUCUGGGGGACACAUGGAGCCAGAGGGACCCCUGACCCCAGGGUCCAGUUAUGAGCCCCCACCCGUCAACACGGCACAGGGCUUCCUCAGCUGUACCUUACAGUCCUCAUGUCCUCCAAAUGUGACGGAUGUAUCUGCCAAAAGCCUGUGGGGCCACACUGGGGAGGACGAGGCCUCCAUGCAGAGUGAGGGCGCACAGCCCAGUGCAGACCUGGGGAAGGACGCACAGAGGAGAUUCAGGUCCUCAGCCUUUCCUUCCUCCCUGAGCUGGGACUCUGACUCCGAGAAAGAAACACUAGAUGAGGAGGAGCUACAGCACUUUUCUAACCCUCAUGGUCUGGCUGCUCACAGCCCAGGAUCUCCCUCUGCUGGACUCAGACUUGACAAUGAAGAUGACCCAGAAUCUGAGAAACUGCAGCACUUGCAUAGUAAAAUGAAUCCCUCUCCCCCCGAGGAGGGGCACGGCGACAACAAUGAGAGCGCAGAGGCAGAGGAGUCAGAUGCUGCUCAGCUCGGCCAACCAGACUUGGCAGAGAGCAAAAUCUGGAGUGUAUCAGAGGGAGCUGAGCCGUUUCUGUCCAAGAUGAAACCAAAGGGAGGUUGCCAGGCAGAGGAAGAGGAGGUGGACAACAGUGAGACGAAUGAGGGAGAGAAGAGGCCCGAGGGAAAGGAAACUAAGGAGUCAGAGAAAGACGUUUACACCUUCCCUGGAGACUCAGACCCCGAGAGUCCCCCUCCUGCUCCCUGGGCUCAUUGCACAUUCAUUCAGCGGUGCAGAAAGAAGAGAGUGCUGCUCAGGCCCUUCUCUGGACUUGGCACCUUGAAUUGCACGUUACCUGAGACUGGCCAGCAGACAGGAGUGACUCUCCAGAAGUCAAGGCCGCUCAAUGAAGACGGAGGGGCGUACGACUUUGACGACGUCAGCUUUGGAGAGGGAGCGGCGGAGGAGCUGAUGGAGUUCAGAGAGAAGGUGGACAAGGAGGAGGAGGAGAGCGAGGCGGAGUCGGGACAGGAGAUAUUCACCUGCGUGGAGUGUAGCAUUUACUUCAAAAAACAGAUCCACCUGCAGGAGCACAUGGUGGAACACUGUCAGAGCGGAUCAGGGGGAGGCAGGCGUUUGGGAAAAGUCGGUCGCUUUCAGUGUGUUGAGUGUGGAUGGAACCUGCCAAACCGUCUGUCGCUGGCAGACCACCAGAAAAGACACGAGGAAUCCCGUCUCAAGAUCCUCGGGGAGAUCGAGAAGCUGAAUGGAAACGGGAAGACGAGAGAGACUCAAAAAGUGGACAGCGAGGAUUUCAGCUCAGACUCUGCUGUGAUGCAAGACUCAAGCCUGGUCUUGAAUCCAGGCAAAGUGUCAGAGCCAGAAAUAAUCACGUCUCCACCUCAAUCCCCUGCGCAUGUUUCAACACCGAAAGCAGAGCGAGAAGUCAUCGACGUGGACGCGACUUCUGCCAAUUCAGCUCGACCCCCAGCUCCGGGCCGAGCUGUCUCCUACCGCCGCCGCUUUGCCUGCACCAAGUGUAACUUUAAUGGAAGAACCUCCCAGGCGCUGGCCAAUCACUCCAAAACACACAACAGGAAGAAAAACAGUGCUCAGGCUGACUCACCGUAUCCUGGUUCACCGUCGUGUUUAACACCUACUUCCCUGGCCUGCGCUCACUGUGCCUUCCAUACGUCAAGUGAAAGUGUGCUGAGGGAACACCAGAGGCGUACUCACCCAGGACAGCUCUCCAUCAGCGGGGCGUCGGCUGACGAAUCUGGCCAGUGUUCAAAGUCUAAUGUCAUCGCUCGAGGUUCCAAACCUCUCCUCAAUUCUGACCACCUCCCUGAGUCUGGAUCCCUGCCCGGUGCAGCUCAAGGCCAAAACCAGCAAGGAAUCGCUGCGCCCGAGGACGGCACAGAAUCGGACCAGGCUGCGGCUCGGCCUGCGAGCCUGGCGGGCUUCACGUGUGCCGGGAACAACAGGAGGUUCAGCAGGAGAGGAAAGGCUUGGACGGAGCUGACGAAGAGAGAAGACGAAGAGCAGGACGAAUACGGGAGCACAGAGGUCGACUCUGAACGCUCCCGACGAGAGACCAGCUCACCUGCAGGAGUGAAACGGUACGCGAGAGCUCGAUCCAACACAGAUGUGCAGAGUCCCACAUUAUCCAAGAGUGUAAAGGAUGAAGGCAAGCAGGGAGUGCAGAGAGGUGGAAAGGUUUUAAUUUUGAGGAGGAGCACCCGCGUUACUGCCACUCCGGCUGAAACUGACAGCGACGACGACGACGGCGGCGACGACGAGGAGGAGCGCGUGCGAACUUUCUUGUCCGAGGCCAUCUUGGAUGAAGAGCAAGACGAGAGCGAUGAGCAGGAAAAGGCGCUCAGGAGCGUGGAGAGGAAGUGCCCCUACUGCCCCGAUCGAUUUCAUAAUGGCAUCGGGCUUGCCAAUCACGUGAGAGGCCACCUGAACCGAGUGGGUGUCAGCUACAAUGUGCGUCACUUCAUAUCCCCCGAGGAAGUCAAUGCGAUCGAGAGGAAGUUCUCCUAUCAGAAAAAGAAGAAGAAAGUUGCCAACUUUGACCCGGAUACUUUCAGUGUGAUGCACUGCGAGUUCUGCAGCGCCGGCUUUGACACGCGCGCCGGCCUGUCCAGCCACGCCCGAGCCCACCUCCGCGACUUUGGCAUCACUAACUGGGACGUUACCAUCUCGCCAAUCCACAUCCUGAGGGAGUUGUUCUCCAGCAGGCCUGACCUUGUAAUCCCCACAGCGCCCCCUCGGAGCCUCAGCUCACCACAGGAGGAGGACGACGACGAGGAGGAGGAGGAAGAGGAAGAAGAAGAAGAGGAGGGAGGGGAGGGAAUCACUCAGGUAAAGCUCGAGGAGGAGACAAGUGAGAGUUUGCUGAGUGCUGCCAUUUCUGAUGCCGUGCCUUUAGCAUCCCCUCAACGCUGGAAGAAGGCAGAUGGUGGAGAAAAGAAUGAAGGGGAUGAGGAGGAAGCAGCUGAGGAGGAGGAUGAGCCGGAGCUGCAGCUUCCAGACGGUCUGAGCUCAAGCCCGCGGAAAACGGGCCUGUGUGGCGUCUCCACAGACAGCCUCUCACCUGAGGAGGAUGCAGACACCAAGGUCCACAACUUGAAGUGUGAGGUGUGUGGAGCUCAGUUCGGGACCAGACGGGGACUGUCCAGCCACGCCCGCUCGCACCUGCGCCAGCUGGGCAUCAGCGUCUCGGAGAGCAGCGGAGCGCCCAUCAAACUGCUCUACCAAAUUGCCAAGGAGCGUAACAUCGACAGCCAAAUAAGCUCAUCUGUUCUGGAGCCGCUUUCAGCCAAGAGCCCCAACACUCCUGUUCCACAGAAAGAUGAGGAUUUAGACGACAUGGACUUGGACGAGAAACCAAUCGCUCUCUCUAUCCUGGCCAAAGCCGUGAAAGCGGUGGCACCCUCUUCCUCCUCAACACCUACACCUUCUCCUGGUGCCUCUCCAGCUCCACUUCAUUCGGGCUCCCCCUCGUCAGUCGUGAGGAAAGCCCCCAUUUCCUCUCUGCUGCCCGUGUCUUCCCCGUUGCGCUCCCUGGAGCACAAGGCUGGGGGAAUGAAAAGCAUAACCUCCAACCUCUCCGGUUCUGCCACCAUGACAACGUCCAAACCCCUCUGGGCACCGCAGGAGAAUGAUGCUCCUCUCAACCUCACACUGGAGGUGGACCCCAACAAGGACAUAGUGUGUCAGCUGUGUGGUGCCUGGUUUGAGACGAGGAAAGGCUUAUCCAGCCACGCACGAGCCCACCUGCGGCAUUUUGGGGUGGAGUACUCUGAGUCCAAGGGCUCGCCCAUUGACCUCCUGAACCAGCUCAUUGACACUGAUGACUUCAAGCACAAAGCCAACGCAUUGCAGCUUGACGGCGACACAGAACCGCGGAGCAUCACCACCGCGAUCUCCUCCCCAAAGCAGUCCCUGCUGAGCCUCUCCUCCUCUCCACCCUCAUCCCUCCUCUAUAAGGUGACCACAGCCGGAGGAGGGUCCACGUCCAAAGCUACCUCUGCCUCUGCCUCGUCUUUACUUGGCCCACCUGCCAAGCGUCUUAAGUCUUCUUCCAUGCAGCUCUUCCGCCUGAGUAGUGGUGAGCUCAUGGCCCUUCCACACAGUGAACCGCCAAAGGAAAUAGGCUGCGAGUACUGUGGGGAGUAUUUUGAGAAUCGCAAAGGGCUCUCCAGUCACGCCCGCUCCCACCUCCGCCAGAUGGGCAUUACGGAGUGGUCUGUUAACGGUUCCCCCAUCGACACUCUGCGGGAGGUCAUCGCAAGACGGGGCCUGCCGUGUGCCCUUCCUCUAAAACCUCUCAAAACUCCUCCUCCAUCCUCUCCGGGACCUCCCCGUUCUCCUCUGUCGACCUCUUCCUCUCCUUCUGCCACCCUCCUCGGUCGUCUGCCCUUUGCCUUUGCCCGGCCCUCCAGUCCUCCUCCGCCCGCCACGUCGAAAUCCAGCUCGGCUCCACCAACACCCUCCGGCGGGCUAAUCCUCAAACUGAAGCCCGAGCCGGUGCAGCUGGAGGUCACCACGCCUGGAGUUGUGGGGAGAUCUGCGAGCUUCUCCGCUGAACCUCUCAGCUGCAGGUGGAGCGACACUGACAGUGCGUUCCCCCUCAACCUGGCAUUGGCCCAUGAAGUGGAGCCAACGAGGGAUAUCCGCUGCGAGUUCUGCGGGGAAUAUUUUGAGAACCGCAAAGGCCUUUCCAGUCACGCCCGCUCCCACUUGCGCCAGAUGGGCAUCACAGAGUGGACGGUCAACGGCUCACCUAUCGACACCCUGAGGGAGGUUAUGCACAAGAGAGGAGUGAGUGCCUCCUCGGACCAGGGAGUGAAGAAGGAGUCGAUGCAGGGAGCCAACAGUCCCCGGUGGGAGACCACCGGCGGCGCCGGCAGUGGCGGUUCGGAGGGUUUGGUGGUUUCAGGCUACCAGUCGUCCAAAUUCCGUAAAUCUCCACUCAGUUUGCUGCAGUCGGGGUCGAGACUUCACAGGCAGAGCCUGGUGUCUGUGGGCCAGUCCUCUGCGUCACCUGCAGGGAAGCUCUUCAGGAUGACGUCACUGGGGAAACGGCCUCUGUCAGAGGAGGCCCUGUCUGUGGAGGCGUCCCACUCACCAUCACAUCAGCUGAAGACCUUCUCACCUCUGCCACGUGAUUUCACCUACAAAAGAAAACCCUCCCCAGACAAGCAUGCACACCGGGAUCCCAGCUGUGAGUUGUGCGGGUUCUACUUUGAGAACAGAAAAGCUCUGGCCAGCCACGCACGAGCCCACCUGAGGCAGUUUGGUGUGACUGAGUGGUGUGUAAAUGGAUCCCCUAUCGAGACGCUCAGUGCUUGGAUACGCAGCAGGCCACAGAAGGUGCUGGAGAUGCACCGCAGCUACAUGCAGGGGAGCCGCUCUGCCCUGAAGAAGAAGGCCUCUUCUUCGUCGUCGUCGUCCUCCUCCUCCUCGCAGUGGUCUUCCUCGUUGGCCGUAAGCCUGGUGCAACCACCGAGCCGCGAAGUGAGCUACGGCUCGUCCAAGGUCAUAGAGGGCGCUGGAACUGGUGCAGACCUACGGGCCGCGGCCGCCCGGUCUGCCCGCAGCAGUCCCAGUCCCUCACGUCUCGCGUGCGGCCUCCCGCUUCAAGCGCAGGUGGCACGUAGUGAGCUGAAUGUCCGCCUGCCCAGAGGUUUUGAGCGGCGACCCUUGAAGCACCCGUCAUGUCCAGAUGGAAUGGAAAGGGACAGCGGCCCUCCUAAGCCCCCCCGCACAGGCACAGUCCCUGCCCUGGUGCCCAAACCUCCCUCCUACCCACUGGUCAAACUGGUGGGCAAGUUCUACACCCUGAAGUGCCGGUUCUGCGAGGUUGAGUUUCACGGUCCAAUGUCGGUGCAGGAGGACUGGAUCAGACACCUCCAGCAGCACAUCCUCAAGAUGAACUACAACAAGCCUGCUCCACCCAAAGCAGAUCCCACUGAACUCCCUGCCCCGAGGGAUGACCCGACCUCAAUCCAGGCCUCUGCACCAGCCUCCACCUCUACCUCCAGUACCGCCACCACCACACUUGCCCUCACCUCCACCCCAACUCGCACCACAGCACCUAACAGCCGCUCCCCUACACCUGUAGCCGAGUGUGCUCGCACCACCACUGCCACAGAGAUCGUGAAGGUCUCAGAGGAGCAGGCCACCCUAACUGCGACUCCUGUUCCCCUCCCUGCACAGGUGGUGUAAGCUCGGACUCAUCGCUCACUGUCGUUGUAGCCUCUUCUUGUUUUUUUCUCCUGCCUUUACACUUUCUUUUUGUCCAUCUGUUUCUUUCCUUGGCCUUUUUUUAACAAAGUGUGGUUGUGGAGGAAUGUUGCCCCUACAAAGAGCCCUCUGCUCCCCAAGCACUUUUUUGAAGCAGCUUUCUAGCCUGGUAGUCAGUCCCGUCACCAUGGGAACAAAGCUCUCCUGGCUUAUCUGCACACUGGGAAUUGUGUGAACUGUCCAAGGUUAUAAGAAAGGCUGAACUAAUGUUUUUUUGUUUCUUGUUUAUACUGAAUGUCAGUGCGAUGAUUUGGACUGUGGCUCUCCUUUCAUUCCCUGGGCAGUUUUUCGGGUGGGGGGGUUUAAUCAAACGUCAUUCCCUUGUCCCCCCCCCACUCCUCAUUCCCACCUCUGGACUGAGAUUGAAUGACAUUUAUGAUCAUGUUAAACAAAGAAGGCACUUUUACCAUUGACGUUGACACUCAGCACUUAAUGUAACGCCCAUUUAAAUGGGUGAAAUUUGACUUAUUCUAAUUGGUUAAAGGAGCAAGAAGUGGAAGCACACACCCCCAAAAAAGGGAAGAUUCCUUGUGUAAUGUAAUACUUUACCCCCCCAAAAAAAAAUAUACAGUACAUUUUGCUUGAAUGUAGCUAAAAGCACCUAUUAAAACCUUAUAUGCACACAUUGAAUCACAAUCAAACGUACGCCCCCAUGUUACAAUACCAUUGACGUUUUUUGCCUUUUAUGACGUUGCUACUCCACAGUUUGCUGUUUUCAGCAGAUAGGGCUGCUGUUGUGUCACUGACACAGUUGCUUUUUUUUUUUUUUUUAAAUAUUUGUGAUAUAUAUAUAUAUAUAUAUAAGAAGCGGGGCCAUGGAAAAUGUUCAGCGUCACAACAUUUGAAGUCUCUCCAUUCACAGUGUUGCCAUUUUCUUCCUGCCAUUGUUCAGUGUCACCCCGAUCGUUAUUUAUUUAUUGUUAUUAUGCAUCCGAAUGUGGGUAAGUUUGGUCCUUUUUUCUUUUUUGAAGCUAAAGUAGAUCUUUGGAAUGUUUUGAAAAAUAGAUCAGCGUUGCACUUUUGCUCUAGUGCGCGAGCCGAGUGUUUGUCUUAGGCUGUAUGUUUGUGUACAUGCAUAGCAGAUGUGUUUUUUUUGUUUCUCGUUUUGAAAGAGAACGACAGACAGAAGUGAAACCGCUUGAUAGGAGGACGCCUCCAUGGUUCAAAGUGAACCAGAAUGUCGGAGGCCGUCGGUAUGUAGUCUGGGUCGGGACUUUAAUGCAUCCAUCAUCGUGUUAGGAUGUGCCAAAGAGUCUGUUUACUUCCUUGUCUUGCCUCUGUAACAGCUGUUUACAGUGGACCUGAUGGUGGAGGAAACUCUGCACAGCUCCACACUGAACAAUGGACUGAACCAGUGGUGACCUGCAUCAGCUACAUGCACUGCGGUCCAGUUUGAAAGACUCGGGCUACUGCAGCAGCUUCAUGGGACUCAUGUUGUUACCAUAGGGUUAGAUUAUUCCAAUUCGAUAAGAACACCAACGCGAUCCUCUGGAGAAAGGCCAGAAACGCCGCCGUGUUUCUUUCUACGACGCUUCAGAGUGUGUUCAUAUCAACGUAGAGCUGAAGCAAUAACUCAAGGGUCCACUUAGGCUGCUGGCGUUUUUGAAGUUUGUUCCAGUGUUUGCAACAUGACUGUUCAAUCCAGAUGAUACCCCAACCCUUUUAUGGAGUAUAGAUGCAUACUAUAUAACUACAUGUACUUAAGAAGCUGUUGAUGCUACUAGAGCUAUCCGCAGUUCUGAUAGCAAGGUAGUUUUAAAAGAAAAGAAAAAAAAAAUUUAAGUGAUCCUAAUUCCUCUGGUGUGAUUAUUUGAUUUCAACAUUUGAUCUAUGUAUUUUUAUUGCUCUGUGCAUUUCUGUAUUUGCAGUCCUGCAAGGUGAAUCUUAGAGUAUUUUUUAUUUUUAUCCGUUAGUCUCUCCGAGCUGAAACUUUGGUGCUGGCGAGGAUGUUGCAGGUCAGAGAGGGCGAGUGACUGAACAUUAGGGAAACCUUGUCAACGCGAUGGUCACGUCCUGGUAUCAAAGGACUCUAAUAAGCAGACUUUAAAGGGGACGACUUUGCACUUUGAGUUUAUCUCUCGCUCUCUCUUUCGCUCAGUAACUCAUGCUGUGACCUCUCACAGGUCUGUGGCUGCGUUACAGUGUGAGACGGGACUAAAGAGGUGCAGGUGCAUCAGAGUUCCCUUUUUAAGAUUACCUGAAAAAGCCUAGGCCAGUGUAACUGGCUGCUCAGUGUGUGUGUGUGUGUGCGUGCGUGUGUGUGUGUGUGUGUGUAAAAGAUGAUGACAUGACAGCGAUGAUAAAGAAAAAGAUGCAGUUGAGGAAAGAACUGUACUGUACACAAAGGGGUAAGUUUUAAGUGAAUCAACUCCAGAACAAACAAACAAUAAAUGUGAUUUCAAUUUCA